UUGAAAGAGCUCAAUAAAUAGGCAGAGACAGGGGAAAACCUCAACAUUAAAACCUGAGCAUUCACAGAAAGAAGGAAAUGAAACAGUCUGGCUGCAAAAUGGCAGAAAUUCAGAAGUUACUUCAAGAUAUCCCAGCAGAUAAACAAGUUUUGGUGGAAAACUACACAAAACUCCAGCAAGUAGCAGAACACUGUGAAAAUAACUAUGUAGAGUCUCAAGACAAGGCUCAAGCUCUUCAGGAGACCAAGGCCUAUGCCACCCAAUCUCUUGCAGGUGUGGUGUAUCAAAUCAAUACACUGGCUGAGAAGGUGCUCAGACUACUUGACUUACAGGCUUCUGAAAUCUCCCAGAUGGAAUCUUCUAUCAACUGCAUAUCUCAGAGGGUGGAAAUGCACAAGGAAAAGGUAGCUCGCCGAGAGAUUGGAACAUUUACUACUAUUAAAACCACACCAAAGAUUAACAAAAUUAUACCUCCUUCAAAUCCUAUACAACGUGUAAAGUACACUAGGAAACCUAUUGUUUACAUGCUUCUGGAUGACAUUGGCCAUGGGGUUAAGGAAAGCAGUAAUAAUUCAAGACUGGGAACUCUAACACGUAAGAAUAGACAAGGAAGUAUACCAACGUGCCCAACUGUACCUUCUCAAGGAACGAUUGGAAGACGCGGUAAGGUCCCCGCAGUAGUUCAGCCUCCCGUUGCCCCAAGUGCAUACAACAGUCCUGUGACUUGCUCUCCAUCACCAGAUGGAUCUCAGAUGCUAGGGAGUGAUCCAAGUAGAAACAGGUGUAGCUCCAGAGCCAGUGAGGUGGGAGUGCUUCCUCCUCCACCAGCACCACCCUCCACACCAGCCCCACCUGCCCCAGGAAUAUAUGAACCAGAUGGACUUGGCUUCCCGAGCAAACCAGUUCUGUCCUCAAUGGGACUGCCCCCUCCUGCUCCUCCACCUGAGGUUCUCAUUGAGGACUCUCUCCCUCCUCCUCCCCCCUUAAUAUCUGAUGCUCCUUCAUCAGCCUGUCAGCACCAUCUUACGUGGCAGGGCCCUCGGCAAGGCCAUAAUGUGGCAGCUUCUGCAAGCCUCAGGUGCAGGCACUCUUCAAGCUUUCCUUCUAUACGGUAUCCAUUUGUAAAUGGUACUCCUCUCUCCUCCCCACUCUCACUCUGCUCCCCAGAACCUGUCCUUUCUCCUUUAUUGCCGUCUAUUCCACAGAUCCCCCUGACUGGCUUUGUUGCACGCUUUCAGGAGAAUAUCACUGAGUGUCCACCCCCACCUCCUCCUCCUGACUACAUGCUUGACUUCGAAGAAUGUCCACCCCCACCUCCUCCUAUAGACUACUUAGAUGACCAUCACUUGAUACCACCCAACUACAUCGAGAAAGUUGUUGCACUCUUUGCCUACAAAAAGAGCUGUGAAGAAGAUUUGACGUUUGAAGAAGGAGAAAUUAUCUAUGUCAUCAAAAAGAAUGAAAAUGGAUGGUAUGAAGGUGUCAUCAAUGGUAUAACUGGUUACUUUCCUGCAAACUAUGUACAAUUGAUCAACUAACACAAUGAGCCACAGGAAGGCCUUGUAAGAAUCACCAGCAAUUGGUGGAAUUAGUCAUGUAAAACAAUCCAUCUGUUUAGUUUAUCCAUGUAAACUUUCCCCUAGAAGGAGCAUUAGUGUUCUUUAUAUUUUAUGGGCAAGGUUGAUGCCUCUUAUAUUUUUUAGCUGACUGAUGUCUAUAAAUUACAAAUGCCACUUAGCACAAUGAAGCUUGUUUGCUUGCUGUUCCAUUCUCAAUGUUUCUGUUUUCCAAGCAUGAGAUAAUCUUUGAAUGGUGCAGAGUGAUUAUAAACUCUAAGCCAAUAGCAACCUCACAAUAACUAGGACAUUAAUCUGAACUAUACUUUCUCUUUUAAGGACAAAGUGACAGUGUGUGAUACCACCUGUUUAUUCUAUAUCUAUAAAGUCAGGUCUGUAAAAGGUUAAAAGAGAACGCUGUGUCACAUGGUCCUAUAAAAUACACUGAAGAAAUGAAGAUCUUUGUCUUUUAGUAUAUACAGUGGAUUCCGGUUAAUCAGGGCCAACUCUUAAACACCAAAAAGUAAUUGAGUAAUUGUCAUUUGUGUGGCCAUUAGAAACUACAACAUGCUUAGAGUGAGCAGUUUUUAAAUAGUGUCAGUUGUGUGUAUUUGUGUUCAAAAAGCAGUCAUUUUUGUCGCUGAUAGUUGGUGAGGAAUAAGCAGUAAGACAAUUCAGAACUGUUUUACUUACUGAAGUUUCAAGCAUUCAGGCUUGGAGAUGAGAGAAACAGCCAGGAGUGAAAAUGAAACUAUAUCACUGCUUCAGCAAGUUAGGACCUAUGAAGAAUUUGAAGGUAUUGACAAUCAUCUACAUACAAUGUUAUUGAUGAUUGCAUCCUCCAAAUCUUCAUUUUCAUUGUAACAUUCAAAUACAUAAUUUGUUACUCAGUUAAACAUUAGUUUGUCUUUUUGAUACAUUUUUAACUAUUUCCAUGCAACUUAGUCUGAUUGGGGCAGUCACUUAAUUGGGCAAAAUGUAAUGGUUCCGAUAUAUUGUAUCCCAAUUAACUGGAAUCCAUUGUAAUUUGAAAUGA